UAUUACUUCUCGAUCAUGGCAGGCAUCAGCCCAACGUUCGACUACCCUCCAUCGAGCCUAAGCUCAAUGCGAUAGAAACGCUUUUGCCACAGCUGGCAAAAUUGGAACUGUGGUCUCACCUGACUGACGUCCCAGCUAGUAUGCGACAAAUUGAUGCAUUGGCUAAACUUUUAGAUUCGCUUCAAACGUCACUCACCAAGAAACUUGGCCAGCUCAAAAAAGGUCACGAUUACGAUGACUUCCAAACCAAUUCCAUGCCGCGAAAAGUCGAACGAGAUUCCGUCAUUGUUGGUCUUAAGGAUAGUGGACCUAGCACUGCUGGUCGCAAACAAUUUUCUUCUUGGGGAUCGCGCUUAUCGAAAAGCAUGACGUUCACUAGCGCCAAAUCAGAGGAUUUGUAUCAACAAUACAUCGAUGCCCUUUUGAAACUGUUUCAGGCAUCGCACGUUCUUGAGGCUUGGCUGGCACAUUACAAAAACGCCAAAACAGAGUCUACAACGUCCGAAGCACAGUGUGAAAAAAUGCUGCAAAAAUUACGAAAAGUCUGUGAGUCGCUGGAUACCGUCAUUGGCGGCUUUGUUGUGAGAGAUCUUGCCAUAUUGCUUGGCAAGUGGAUGAAGCGUGGAAGCAGUUGGGUUGGUGACUAGCCCAGUGUCUUUUCUUUUUUUUUCUGUAUAGCUUUAGUUUGUCACCCACAAUAAUUUAAUUUAUAAUACAUGGCAUUUUUUUAUAUAUUAGUUUAAGCGACUUGUGUGUAACUUUAAUCUAGUGCGAUCCAUUUUGAUAGUGAUUCUAAGACAUGGUAAUGUUACAAUUUUUGCUAUAUACAGGAGGCGCGAGAUCCCUUUCUUCAGCGGCAAGUCGGGCCGAAGGGGGUUGUGAUAAACAUGGGGGGAGGGUGUCACAUACGAUGGUCAUUCAGUAGCUGUUGGCAUUCAUUCACAGCCAAUUGAGUGGCCUGUUGUAGCUCGCUAUCAGAUGGUGUAUGUGGCAGUAACGACUGAAGCGCCACCAACACCCAUGACUUGAUGGUCUACACGUUGAGAAGGACAUGUCAA